AUGGCCCUGGGCCGUAAUGACAAGUUCCAGUCUUCCAACCAGGCGAGACCCUUGCGCGUCAUUGACCUUUGCACGGGCACAGGCUGCAUACCACUUCUUUUGCACGCACUACUUGCUCCUCAUUUCCAGGAGUUGAAGAUAACAGGGGUGGACAUCAGUUCUACAGCCUUAGGCCUGGCCCAGGAGAACCUUGAGCACAAUAUGCAACUGGGCCAGUUGGCACCCAGCGCAGGCACAGACAUCCGCUUCUAUUGCGCCGAUGUUCUCGGACAUGGCAGUGACGAUUCAGUGCCGCCCAUUGAAUCAAUACUCCAAACCCAUUUCCCCGAUCUUGGGGCACUUGACAUCUCAUCAUCUGACAAAGAGAGUAGAUGUGAUCUAUUAAUCUCCAAUCCACCCUACAUAUCCCAAACGGAGUUCCGCAACGGCACUACUGCGCGCAGUGUACGGCGCUUUGAGCCCAAGUUGGCACUUGUGCCUCCACACUUGGGCCCCGGGAUGGAAGACUGCUUGCCUGAGGAUAUCUUCUACUGCCGCAUUCUCACUCUGGCAUACAAGUUGAAGGCCAAGCUCACGGUGCUGGAGUGUGGGGACUCUCAUCAGGCCAAUCGAGUGGUUGCUCUUCACAGGCGACUUGCUCCUUUUGAAUCCGGGCAGUUCAGUGCGGAGGUCUGGCCGAGUCGGGAGCAGGAUUUGGCUGAGAAUGGGUUUCAUGCGACUGACGGAUCGCGAGGUGUCAUUAUACAGACUCUCGGGUAG